AUUACAUAGGAAUGUGUGCUUGUGGUGUUGUGUUGGGUAGGUUUUUCUACUUUUUUUUUAUUUGUUAAAACUGCUUUAAACAUUAUGAAAAGCAAUGGACAAAAUUAUGUUUAUAUACAACAUAGUGUCUAAAUUUUGUUAGUAAAUAUUAGAAUACUGUUUAAAUAAGCCGAUUAUUGGACUAUUGUUUUCUGAAGGUGUAUUCUAAUGUAAAAGCUUAAGAAAACCACCGGUAUUCCUUAUUAUGGAAGUGUGGAUUCCAAUUUUACUUUUUACGACGUUAUUAUCGAACAAUCAUGCCUCCCAAAGUGUUACUUCCAGGUUUGAUGAUUUAAAUACAAAAACGUGUUCGUCGGUGCAGUUCCAGUGCGACGACAAAACUUGCAUUCCUGACCACUGGCGCUGCGACUCCCACAGCGAUUGCAAGGAUGGUAGUGAUGAGAGAAAUUGCGAAUUCCAAACGUGUCGUAUAAGACAGUUUCAAUGUCGCUUGACUCAUAAGUGCCUUCCAAUUGGAUGGAUGUGUGAUGGCGAACAAGACUGCGGAACACAUCCCUUAUUGGGGCCCGAUCUGUCCGAUGAAGAUCCAAAGCAAUGUCAUGAAAAACAGUCUUGUUCUUGGAACGAAGCCCGUUGUGGUGACCGAAUUGAAUGUCGUCCAUUACGCCUUUUCUGUGACGGCCAUGGGGAUUGUCCUGACAAUAGUGAUGAAUGGGACUUUUGUUUAAAUAAAACGCAAUGCGAACAGGCACAUUGUCGUUUUGGAUGCAAACCCACCCUUAAGGGACCUAUGUGUUUUUGUCCCGAUGGUUAUAGACCAAAUGGGAGUGCAUGUGUAGAUGCUGACGAAUGUCAGUUAGAAAACUCGUGUGCACAAAUUUGCAAGAACACAGUUGGAUCAUUUGAAUGUUUUUGUGUAGCUGGUUAUGUCAAACAAGGAACCGAUUGUAUAGCUAUUAAUGUUCCAGAAACAGAGCCCCCCUCAUUAAUUUUCACGACAAAAGCUAGUAUUAAUAGGGUGACUCUUGAUGGUAAGCCGUGGCCAGGCAAUUCAUCUAUGAGCCUAUUAAACAGUAACGCUUUGGAAUUUUCUUACCAAGGCCGUACAAUAUGUUACAUACAUCACAACGUAAGCAAUGCGUCGUUUGCAUGCGCAGACGUGGAUGAUUUCUCAAAACGUUGGAUAUUUGGCAAGCCAAGCAUUUUUCCUGACGUUGAAUCGAUCCAACAGAUUGCUUUAGACUGGAUUUCUGGCAACUGGUAUUUCAUGGACGAUAACAGGGAUAUUGUGGUACUUUGUACAAAUUUAUUAAAGCAUUGUCGCGUUAUAUUGGAAAACGAACUAAAUAAGCCCCGAGCAAUGGCCCUAGAUCCUACACGGGGCUAUAUGUUCUUUACCAAGUGGAACCACGAGCCUCCUAUGCUUGAACGUUGUCGCAUGGACGGAUCAGAACGCACACCACUAGUCAGGACGAAAAUCGUUUAUCCGUACGGUGUGGCUGUAGAUUAUGCAACGGGACACGUUUAUUGGGUCGAUACAUAUUUGGACUACGUUGAACGAAUAGACAAUGACGGCAAAAACAGAAAAACGGUGAUACAAGGUGUUUCCGCUCAAAAUUUGUAUGGGAUCAGCGUUUUUGAAAAUCGUCUGUAUGUGUCGUCUUGGCACAACGACCGCAUUCUUGAACUAGAUAAGGUGUCGAAAAAGGAAAAAACUAUUGUCGAAAAUAUUAUGAGACCUUAUAAUUUACAUGUGUUUCAUAAACAAAAACAACCUGAUGUUGCUCAUCCAUGUCGUAACAACAACGGCGGCUGUCCGCACAUAUGUGUUAGUAAUUGGAAUCGUGCAGGUGCAGCGGUGGCCACCUGUCUUUGUGCGGCCGGUUAUCUUCCGACGCCCACCGGUCAGUGUACGUUACAAACGCCCGCGACAUUUCUCCUAAUCGCAAAGAGCAAACCAGCGUCCAUUGUAGGCGUCUCAACGAAAACUAAACUAGAUGUCAUCAUUCCCGUCACCAACGUCUCACAUCCGGCUGCGAUGGACUUUUUUGCUGACGAAAAGGCGAUAAUUUAUUUCGACAUGAACCGACUGACAAUUGAACUCGUCACGAUCAACAAUGACACUCCAACUACAAUUUUGAACAAAGGGUUGAUAGGAUGCGAAGGACUGGCGGUUGACUGGAUGGGACGAAAUCUGUAUUAUACGGAUGAUGGCCAAGGAACGAUAAAUGUAUUGAGUUUAACAAAUUAUUCAUGGCAUCGAGUGUUAGUUAAAAAUUCCAGUAUGCAUCCUCUAUCGAUAGCUUUAGAUCCGAAACGGGGAAUGAUGUAUUGGGCCCACUGGUAUCCCCUCUCUCCAACCAAUGGCUCCAUAUAUCGUGCGUGGAUGGACGGUACGCACGUAGAGAAAUUUAUUAGUGAAAAUAUUCAUUGGCCUACCGGAUUAACAAUUGAUUUAACGGAGAAGAAAUUGUACUGGAGCGACGCCCAUUUGAAACGAAUAGAGAGCAUCGAUUUGAACGGAAGUAAUAGACGGAUUGAGUUGAAUGAAAGCUUGGAAAGUCCGUUUGGUUUAGCUCUUUUCAACAGAUCUCUAUAUUUCACUGAAUAUGCUAAAGGAAACGUGAUGGUACUUCAUCUAGACAAUAAGUCGGUAGAAGCAGUCAUUGAUGGCAAUGGGCCUCUUUACCUAAUCAAAAUGUUUGAUCCUAAAUCACAAGUGGGCGUCAACGACUGUAAGAUAGGAAAUCAUACAUGUACUGAGUUGUGUUUGUCUACACCAAACGGUGCCGUUUGUGCUUGUUCGCAAACCUAUACCUCUAAAGGUGGUACAUGCGUGAAAGAUGAGCAUGCACCCGCAGCUUCAAAUUGCAACGAAAAUCAGUUCGCCUGCAAAUCAAACGGCACGUGCAUAUCAAUUAAGAACGUGUGUGAUGGGUUGCCCGAUUGUCCCGAUGGUUCGGAUGAGUCUAGCUUGACGGACGGCCCAUGCAAUAAUAAAGGAUGCCUUCCAAAUCAGUUUCGUUGUGAUGGAUCGGUCUGUCUAGCGAACUACUGGGUCUGUGAUGGUGAUAAGGAUUGUCUUGACGGGACUGACGAAGAUCCGCAAAAUUGUCGGCAUCAGUGUCUCUCUGGUCAAUUUUCUUGUGCUACCACCAAGCGAUGUAUUCCCUCUAGCUGGAAGUGUGAUGGCGUUAUUGAUUGUGGAGCAGGAGAUAACAGUGAUGAGAUUGAUUGUGAGGCGGUUAAAGAACUUCUGAAUGAGGCCUCUUUUGAUUGUUCUGAUUCAGGCAUACAAUUGCAGGCCAUGGAUAAUUCACAUAAAUUCCAAUGUGACGGCAGAAUAGAUUGUGAAAAUGGUUUCGACGAGCACAAUUGUUCUCAGUCAAAGAUUGAUAACGCAACAAAUCACUCAAUUACCCCUCCACCUGAACUAGAAUGUGACCAUCCGAAUCGUCUAUGUGAUAAUGGAACUACAUGCGUGUCUGUGGAACGUCUUUGUGAUGAAGUCAAUGAUUGCGCAGAUGGAUCAGACGAAGGCCUACGAUGUUCAGAACAAAUGUGUACAUUGGCGUCCUCAAUCUGUUCCCAUGAAUGCCAUAAUUCUCCUGAAGGCAUGGUAUGCUAUUGUCCACAUGGCUGGCAUCUAUUGCCAAAUAAGACUACAUGUCUUGAAACCCACCCAUGCGAAUUGUGGGGUGUCUGUUCGCAAUUGUGUCAUCCAAAACGGUCUAACUACAAGUGCGCUUGUUUACCCGGCUACACAUUAUCAGAUGACAAAUUCACGUGUAACAGCAACGACCCAGCAACACCCUACAUUAUAUUCAGCAACAGACACGAACUGAAGGGAGUCGAUCUCCAUGACUUUAGCGCAAAAUCUCUCAUAGCUAGUUUGAAGAACACAAUAGCCGUUGAUUUUUAUCAUUCAGAUGAUGCUGACAUGGUAUUUUGGACCGACAUAAUUGACGACAAAAUCUACCGUGGUACAUUGAUUAGUGGUUCACUGAGCAACAUUGAGGUCGUCGUGCAGACUGGUCUGUCAACAGCUGAAGGCCUGGCCGUCGACUGGAUCGGUGGUAAUUUGUACUGGGUCGAGAGCAACCUGGACCAGAUAGAAGUGGCUCGUUUAAACGGCAGUUUCAGGCGCACUUUGGUUGCUGGAGAUAUGGAAAGCCCUCGUGCAAUCGCUCUCGAUCCGCGCGACGGUCUUCUUUUUUGGACAGAUUGGGACAAUUCGGCGCCUCGUAUCGAACGAUGCACGUUAGCAGGUUUGGAUCGGAUGAUUAUUGUACGCGUCGACAAGAUUGUGGGAGGAGGCUGGCCGAAUGGUCUUACUCUCGAUUAUGAUACACGCCGCAUUUAUUGGAUAGAUGCUCGAUCCGAUUCUAUUCAUACAACACGUUAUGACGGUUCCGAUUUGCGAGAAGUUAUGCGCAAACAUGAAUCAGUGUCUCAUCCUUUUGCAAUCACUUUGUACGGAAAUUACGUUUAUUGGACUGAUUGGCGUAGUAACAGCGUCGUACGUGCUAACAAGUGGACUGGUAAAGAUUUGGAUACUAUACAUCGUACAUUGACCCAACCUUUUGACUUGUUGGUACUGCACCCUAGUAGGCAGCCAAGAGGGGUUCGUCCCAGUCCUUGUGAAACAAAAAAUGGCGGUUGUUCACAUCUCUGUCUUCUUCAUACUAAUGGAACGUAUCGUUGCGACUGUCCCCACGUUAUGCGUCUUGACAUUGACAAUCGCACAUGCGUUGUGAACGAACGUGUGCUACUAAUAGCAAGAAACAAUGAGAUUCGAGGGAUAGAUUUGCUUCAGCCCUAUUACUACAUGAUUCCGACUAUAAGUGUGCCCCAAGUGCUAAGUCCCAGCCAAAUAGACUUCUUAAGUAGAACCAAAACAUUAUACUGGGCUGAUUAUCAAGUUAGUGAGAUAAAACGAACGGGAUUGACUUCAGGACCUACGAAAACGCUCAUUGACACAGGCAUUAUACAUCCAAAUGGCCUAGCUGUCGAUUGGCUUUCGAAUCUCUUAUUUAUUAGUUCAACAUCUGGGAUAAUGGUUUGUAAUCUGGAAGCGGAGUACAUUAUGAAACUGGCUGGUGAUUCUGGAAUAGCGGUCAGUUUAGCUGCGGAUCCUGCAAACGGAAAAUUGUACCGAAUUUCCUUAUACGAUAGAACAGCAAAUAUAGAAAGGAGCUCAAUGGAUGGGAGCCGCAACGAAGUGCUGGUGUCUGAUCUUUCUUUAAAUGCUAAAAGUUUAAACAUCGACUUUACAACAGGAAGAUUGUAUUGGAUAAAUGAUCACAGUGUUUAUUUCUCGAACAGGGACGGAAAGAAUGUACAGAAAUUAAAUAUAACCAAUGAUUUUGCGAUUUUGGCAAUUGCAGUAUAUCAGGAAUAUAUUUAUUAUGCUGAAGAUGACGAACAAUCCAUUCAUGUGGCGGACAAAAUAUCAGGCGUUGACGACAGGAUAUUAAGAAAUUCGACAAGUAACGUACUUUCUCUUCGCAUAUACGAUCCCAUGCUACAGGAGGGCAGUCAUCCUUGCGGGAAUAAUCGCGGUGGAUGUCAGCACCUCUGUCUUCCUACUUCAUCUACAGAAUUUGUAUGUAAAUGUGCUACUGGUUUUAUGGUGGACAAAAGUGAUCCAACAAAAUGUGUGGGAGCCAAGGACUUCCUCUUUUAUUCCAUUAAUUGGGAAAUAUGCGGUCUACCCUUAGACGGAAACAAUGAAACUGAAGUUCUUGGACCUAUAUCUCGUGUAUCGAUGGCAAGUGCUAUAGACUUCUUGGCUGAUGAAGAUAAACUCUUUUGGGCGGACAGCGAUCAUGGUACUGUGAAAGCAAUUAAUAGGGAUGGCACUAAUCGUACCGUUAUUUUGGAACAGACAGAACUAAUGGAAACAAUUUCUGGUGAUUGGUUAACGGGUUUGGCGAUUGACUGGGCAGCUCGUAACAUGUAUUGGAGUGAUGUAAAACGCGAUGUAAUCGAAGUUUCGCGUCUAAAUGGUGCCUCGAGGUAUGUAGUGUUGUACGGCAAUAUAGGCAAAAACGUUGCUUUGGCCGUGGAUCCUGCAGCUGGUUUGCUUGUUUGGGGUGGUGGCACGAAACUCGAGAGAGCCGGUUUAGAUGGUUCAAAUCGUAAAUUAUUGUUAAAUAAUUCUGCAAGUAUCUCCGAUGUUGUCCUAGAUUACGAUAAUCAGUACAUUUACUGGUGCGAUUCAGAGAGUCGCACAAUCGAAAGGGUCCGCUACGAUGGAUCGGAGAGAACAGCUGUUCUUAAUAAAUCUUCGGAAUAUCCCAUUGCCUUCACAAUAUUUGAAGAUACUAUAUACUGGAUUGACAGGAUGCAUGACAGGGGCAGCAUUAAAUAUGCUCCUCUCUCUAAUUUAUCGGACUUCCAUAGCAUGCUAAAGAAUCAAAGAGAUUCUCUGAAAGAUAUACAAGUGUUUUCUCGUAAAAGGCAGAACGGCACUAAUGCUUGUGCAAAUGAUAAUGGUGGAUGUGAACAUUUAUGCCUUUUUAAUGGUACUCAUCCAAUUUGCGCAUGUCCUCAUGGAUAUAUUGGAAGUGAUGGUAAAACUUGUAAAGAAUAUGAAAGCUUCGUCAUGUACUCUCGAGUAGUAAGUAUCGAUUCUGUCGACAUAAGCGACAAAAACAUCCAAAACUCUCCAUAUCCAAGUAUAAAAAACAACAGCCUGAUGAGGAACGCGAUAGGGCUUGCUUUCGAUUAUCAGCAUAGUUUACUUUUCUAUUCUGACAUACAAAGGGGGUCGAUUAAUAGCGUGCAUUUUAAUGGAAGCGGACAUACCAUUAUAGUGGAGAAGCAAGGAUCAGUAGAAGGUCUAGCAUUCGAGCAGGUUAAUCGUGCGUUAUAUUGGACGUGUAACAACGAGGCCACAAUAAAUAAAGUCAAUUUGACUGAAGAUGGUAGGAAUGCAAGUUCGGUCGAAACGAUCAUUCGUUUGAGUCAAUUCGAUAAGCCCAGGGGCAUCGCUGUGGACAGUUGUCGUGGUCGCGUCUACUGGACGAACUGGAACUCACUCAAACCCAGUAUUGAUCGGGCAUUUCUUACCGGUUUUGGUACUGAGUCCAUCAUCACGACUGAGAUCCGUAUGCCGAACGCACUUGCACUUGAUCAUUAUGCUCAUCAUCUAUAUUGGGCCGAUGCACGUUUGGACAAGAUUGAACGAUGUCAUUACGACGGUUCACACCGCGUCGUUUUGGUUAAAGUGGUCCCUCAGCACCCGUUUGCAAUAGCGGUUUAUAAAAAUUACAUCUUCUGGACCGAUUGGGUCUUGCAUGCCGUUCUUCGUGCGAACAAAUUGACCGGACAGGACCUUGUAUGGCUCAGGAAGAACGUAGCGAAACCUAUGGGCAUAGUGGCCAUAGCCAAUGAUACUGACGACUGCCUCUCCAAUCCCUGUCUCACGUUUAACGGUGGUUGUGAAGAACUCUGCGCGUACGACUCUUCAGGAGAGGUUCGGUGCGCGUGUAUUGAAGGGAGGGUACUCGCUGAAGAUGGUAAAAGGUGUUUUAGUGAGAGGAGCUCGAAUUGCACUAGAGAAUCAUUCAGAUGUUCCGAUGGUGGUUGCGUUCCCUUCCAGCUCACGUGUGACGGCGUGGCUCAUUGCGCGGACGCUUCAGACGAAGAAGCUGGUUAUUGCGGACAUAGAACGUGUCCGUUGGGCUGGCAUCAGUGUUUGAAUAAGCGCUGUAUCUUUAACAAUGUCACGUGUAAUGGCGAAGAUGACUGUGGUGAUAAUAGCGACGAGAAAAACUGCUCAUGCAAGGACGAUGACCAUUUCAAGUGUGGCAGUGGCGAAUGUAUUAUGAAGAAAUUCAUGUGCGAUCGAGAUCCAGACUGCAAGGAUCUCAGUGACGAAAUUGGAUGCCCUUCCGUGAAUUGUGUUCAAGAAAUGAAAGAUACAAAGAUGAUAAACUGUGAAAAGACGAUGGUUUGUAUACACAAAGAUUGGAUAUGUGAUGGCGAAAACGAUUGCUGGGACAAUUCCGACGAACGUAAUUGCACCAAUGUUACGUGUCAGUGGAACGAGUUUAGAUGCCUCGAUGGGCGAUGUCUGCCCUACGGGGUAAAAUGUAAUGGUAUCGAUGACUGCAAGGAUGGAAAAGGAGUGAACGCCAGUUCUGAUGAAGCUGAAUGUGAUACUAAUUACUGUGAAAAACAUCAAUUUCUGUGUGAAACAGGAGUAUGCAUUCCAUCAAAUUUAAGGUGUAAUGGAAUAUCAGAUUGUACCGAUAACUCAGAUGAAACAGGUUGUCAGUAUCAAUGUCGCGCCGAUCAGUUCCGCUGCAAGAAUGGCGAUUGUAUUCCUGUAUUAUGGCAGUGUGAUACUCAACCAGACUGCCCAGAUUUGUCAGAUGAGAGCGAUCAUUGUCGAGAUCGUGCCUGCGGUUUGUGGGAAUUUCGGUGCAACAGCACCGGCCGUUGCAUACCAAAAGGAUGGGUAUGCGACGGCGAGGCUGAUUGUCAGGACCGUGCAGACGAGGGCGAAGCCGGCGGUUGUGCUCCAACCACAUGUCUACCCAAUCAGUUCCAGUGCGCAGACAAGAUGUGCAUAAACCGAUUGUAUUAUUGCGAUGGUGAUCUGGAUUGUGUGGAUGGAUCGGAUGAGGAGCCUCAUGCGUGUCGUAAGAACAGCCAGUGCACCCCCAAACAGUAUCGAUGUGUUAACGGAAAUUGCAUAACUCGAUCUCAAAUGUGCGACGGGCACGACGACUGUGGUGACAACUCGGAUGAGACGACUGACGAAUGUCGCAAAGAGCUUUGCGAUAAAGCGUCUGGACGAUUCCAGUGUAAAAACGGAGUCUGCAUUAAUGAGACGAUGCUCUGUAAUGGCGAGAAUGACUGUGGCGAUUUUAGUGACGAAAACAAGUGCAAUAUUAAUGAAUGUAUCGCAGCACCUCGACCGUGUGCCCAGAAUUGUACUGAUGAGAAAGUAGGUUACACAUGCUCAUGUAAGGAAGGCUACAAAAUCAGCCCAAAAGACAACCACCUUUGUGAUGACGUGGACGAGUGCGCCAAUCGACCCUGUAGCCAGACAUGCCACAACACGCUAGGUUCAUAUGUGUGUAGAUGCGUUGAUGGUUACAUUAUGAAAGCCGACAUGCAUUCUUGUCGCGCUAACUCAACUGUACCUGCCAAACUAAUGUUAGCAAACAGGUACUAUAUACGCGAAUUGACCCUUGACGGCCACUCAACUCUUGUUGCUCACAAUUUAACAAAUGCUGUAGCUCUCGAUUUUGACCUAAUGAGUGAAUGCAUUUUCUGGUCAGACGUGACCGCUGCUGGUAGUUCCAUAAAACGACUUUGCAAAGACACACCAAACGCUACUGCAGAAAUCCUGCAUCAGAAUACAUUGCAAAAUCCUGACGGGCUUGCUGUUGACUGGAUAGGACGGAAUUUGUAUUGGUGUGAUAAGGGUUUGGACACUUUGGAAGUGUCGUCGCUCAAAGGUAAAUUCCGUAGGGUAUUGAUUUCCGAUGGUCUAGACGAGCCUCGUGCCAUCGCUUUGGACCCCAUAAGGGGCAAUAUGUAUUGGACAGAUUGGGGCAUACGCGUACACAUCGGUAAAGCAGCAAUGGAUGGAUCCAACCCUCAUGUGAUAGUAAAUUCGAGUCUUGGUUGGCCCAAUGCACUUACCAUUGCCUACGACACCCAAGAACUGUUCUGGGCGGACGCACGUGAAGAUUAUAUAGCUGUCUCAGAUUUAGAUGGCAAAAACAUCAAAAUCAUAGCAAGUCGUUCAGAAAAAUUGGGUAUACCGUUGCAUCAUGUGUUCGCUAUAGCUGUCUGGGAGGAGUAUGUCUAUUGGACCGAUUGGGAAACGAAAUCUAUUGGAAAAUGUCUCAAGUACAGCGGUGAAAAUUGCUCUUCACUUUAUUUUACUGUGCAUAGACCAAUGGAUUUAAGAGUGGUGCAUCCACUAAGGCAAAUUGAGACACAGAAUAAUCCAUGUUUAAAAGCAAACUGUUCUGCGUUAUGUUUGCUUAAGCCUACUGCACCGUUUUACACAUGCGCCUGUCCUGAAAACUAUGAGCUUGCUCCUGACGGAAAAUCGUGUGUGUCGAAUUGUACCACCGCUCAUUUUGAAUGCAAGAACACGUACAAAUGCAUACCGUUUUGGUGGAAAUGUGAUACACAGGACGACUGCGGCGACGGAUCGGACGAACCGCCUGGCUGUCGAGAAUUUGAGUGUUUGCCCGGACAGUUCCAAUGCGAAAACAGACACUGUGUGCAUCCGUCACAAUUGUGCGAUGGUACUGAUGAUUGUGGAGAUAACUCGGACGAGAUUAAUUGUCGAAAUUACACUUGUUUAAACAAUCAAUUUCGAUGCGAAGGAGAUGAAAAGGUACCACCCAGAUGUAUACCUGGAAACAAGCGUUGCGACAAGCACAAGGAUUGUCGCCUGGGUGAAGAUGAGGCCGAUUGUCCUCCAGCUUCUUGUUCACCAAAUCAAUUCAAAUGUGAAAAUGAUAAAUGCGUUCCGGCAGUUUGGGUUUGUGACGGGGACAACGAUUGCGGUGACAAAUCCGAUGAAAUGGAAGAAUGUCGUUCGAGAACAUGUCCCCGUGAUCAGUUCCGCUGCAACUCGGGCCGCUGCAUACCGAUGGCGUGGCGAUGUGAUGGAGAUUCGGAUUGCGCCGGAGACGAAGACGAACCACCCACUUGUAGUCAACCCGAAUUCCAUACAUGUGAUCCAACAUACUUUAAAUGUACAAAUAACAGAUGUAUACCGGGCCGGUGGCGAUGUGACUUUGAUAACGAUUGUGGUGACGGAUCGGAUGAAGUCGGAUGUACCCCACGAAAUUGUUCCGAGUCUGAGUUUCGUUGCACGUUUGGACGUUGCAUACGCGGAAAUUUAAGAUGUGAUGGAGAGUACCAGUGUGAGGAUCGAAGCGACGAAAUCGGCUGCCAAUCCAAGUGUGGACAGAACGAAUUUCAGUGUGCAAACCCUAAAGUCUGCAUUUAUAUUAAGUGGAAAUGUGACGGAGAAACCGACUGCCCUGACGGUUCUGACGAAGUAAAUUGCAGCGACGCUUGUGCAGAAGGCGAAUUCAAAUGUGACAAUGGACUGUGUAUCAAAGACGACUGGCGUUGCGACGGUCAAAAUGACUGCGAAGACGGCUCGGACGAGGCUUUACACAUGUGCUCAACACUUGCAUGUCCUCCUGGUCGUUUACGUUGUAGCAACAACCGGUGCGUACCCCUGAACGUCGUGUGCGACGGCAACGACGAUUGCGGCGAUAAAUCAGAUGAAGAACAGUCCGUGUGCAAGAGCGAGAAGAAAUGCGGAUCUCACAUGUUCCGAUGUAAAAAUGGCAAGUGUAUACAAAUGUCAUUACGUUGUGACAAGGAGAAUGAUUGUGGAGACGAUAGCGACGAGGAGGGCUGCGAAGAAACGGCAUGUCGAUGGAAUACCUGCUCCCAACUAUGCAUUGAACGCAAAGCGGGACAUCAUACUUGCAAGUGUGCUCCCGGAUACUACUAUGACAAUAAUAACGGCAGUUGUAAAGCUUCAGGAGAACCAGGAAAACUGGUACUAGCCGCUGAAGCCGAACUAAGGCUUAUGUCACCAUACAAAUGGGAAAAUGUUGAUCAGGAAUACGGCAAGCCAAUAUUAGCUACAGCACCAGGGUACAAAGUUGACUAUCUGGAUGUUCUUUAUGGCCCUGAGCAGAUGACAGCGUAUUGGACCGAUCACCAAAACAAACGCGUACAAAGCAUAAACUUUUCAGGAUCCAAAACAAACCACAGUAGUAGUAACAAUAGAACAAGAGUGAAAAGGGCUAAUAGUGCAAUUAAAACGGUACUAUCUGGCCUAAAAGAGCCCCGAGGAAUAGCAGUAGAUUGGGUCGCUUAUCGAUUAUACAUCGCGGAUGGGAAUAGGAUAGUGGUAUCUGAUUUAGAAGGGAAACAGACCUUCACCCUUGCUAAAGACGAUAUUCAACAACCUAGAGACGUAGUAGUAACGCCCGCUGAUGGUUUGGUGUUCUGGACCGAUUGGGGACCUCCGGCGAAAAUUGAAGUCAGUCAUAUGGACGGGAACAUGCGAAAAAUAUUGGUGAACGUAGGUGUACUCUGGCCGACAGGUAUGGCAAUAGAUUAUCCUGCUAAGAGAUUGUAUUGGGCUGACGCCAAAACAACGGCUAUUGAAUCGGUCAAGUUUGAUGGAACAGACAGGCAAAUUGUCAGGAAUUUUCAACAUAAAAUGCGUCCGUAUAAAAUCGAAGUGUUCGAGGACAAUGUCUACCUGUCAACCUAUCAGACGAACAAUGUAUUCCGAAUGGAUAAAUUUGGUCGUGGAGAACUUUUUCCUUUAGCUCAACAACUUCCAAGACUAUCACACAUUUUAAUAGUUCAAGAAAAUAGACAGACACGUAACAUCACAAAUCGCUGCAAUAAGGUCUGCGAUUCCAACGAAUUUUGUCUAUUAAAUCCGGAAGGGGCGACGUGUGCCUGCGCGGAUGGAUUUAUUAAAGAUAAUGUGACGUGCCAUGCGAGCACUACGUCCGCUGUCUCUUGCCCCCUCAAUUGUAACAAUGGUGUGUGCAAAAUAGUUCCUGGUCAAGCACCAAAAUGCGUAUGUCAUCCACUGUACACAGGACAACACUGCGAACAUUAUCGAUGCUCCCAAUACUGCCGUAACAAGGGUAUGUGCUACCCAGACCUAUUAGCAUCGUCACCUGAUGGCCAGCCCGUUCUAAAAUGCAAUUGUCCGCCCCAGUGGACGGGAGAACGUUGCGAAUCACCCGUUAACAAGUGCAAGAAUUGGUGUUAUAACAAUGGCACGUGUUACAACGUUGCCCUUAGUGUGGCUCGGUGCAACUGUCAACCAGAAUACACAGGCAACAGGUGUCAACAUUGCCUGGACCUCGAAUGUCUCAACGACGGCAUUUGUCGACGGACCGGAGAAGGGGGCAACGCCAAAUCCGUUUGUGAUUGUAUACAGGGCUUUCGGGGUAGCAACUGUAACGUGACCGGUUGCGACGGUUACUGUGAAAACGGUGGCACGUGCUCCGAAGGGCUGGAAUGUACUUGCCCUCCAGGGUUUGCGGGACGCCGAUGCGAAAAACGUCGAGGUGGUAACAUGGCUCCUAACGACGCAUGCCACAUGCAUUGUCAGAAUGGGGGAACGUGUCGAUUGGGCGUCAAAGAGCCAGAGUGUGAGUGUCCGUCACGAUUUGGUGGUCGUCGUUGCGAAAUUGAUUUAUGCACGAAGGCAAAUAGACCACGGGAAUGUGAUUGUUCCUGUAAGAAUAACGGUACCUGCCAUCAAUGGGGUGAUCACAUAAUAUGCACGUGUGAAAAAACAUGGGGUGGAAAACUGUGCGAGAUUUACAUGGGGCAUGAUAAUCCAUGCAAUUCUUAUUGUCUGAACGGAGGUUUAUGUGUAAUAGACGGCCUCCGAUCAACUCCUAUGUGCCUUUGUCCGGAAAACUGGGGAGGCACUUCGUGUCAGACUCCGUUGAAAUGCCUCCAGUACUGCAAGAACCAGGGAACCUGCUACAUGGACAGCGAAGGUAUGCCGUACUGCAUCUGUCCACCCGAAUAUGAGGGAAUCCAAUGCGGAACAUCUCUUACUGUGAAAACGCAGAAAUCAUCAGAUAACAGCGAUUCGAGCAUUUUCUUGCCUCUUAUAUUCAGUCUUGGAAUAUUACUUAUUGUUGCCGGAGCUGCUUCAACUGCAUACAUCAUAAUCAAAAGGAGACGACCGUUCUUACACGAGAGGUUACAAGAAAAUGAUUUUAAUAAUCCGAUUUAUCAGGAGAGAGACACUGAACCGUUUACAUUAGAUGCAGACAAGAGUGGUAACUUUACGAAUCCAUUGUACGAAUCGGUGUUUAAUGGUACUGGGAAUGUUAAAGAAGAAAAGGCAGGGCUGCUGCAAGGCAGGGUUGACGAAAUACCGCCCCUAACGAACGAAGACGUCUGAGUACCUAUGAUUAAAUUCUACUAAUCUUUAAGUUGCAAUUUGCUGUGAAUAGUGCCAUUUCUUUUUUCUCUCUAUUUUAUUUACAAUAGUCGUCUAAGAACAGCAUUUAUACUAAUACUCUUUUUUUAUAUAUGGUUGUAACUUUUUUGUUUUACUUUUUAUUACAUAUUAGGGUAGUUAGUUGUAUUGUAAAUAAUUUAAAGCUAGUACAUAUCAUAACAAUUUUUUAAGUGUUUGUGAGAGAUAAAGUCAAUAUUUUUCUAUUUUUGCAGUGUACAGUGUGUAAUACUAAUAUUAUUUCUUUAUUUGUCGUUGCACAUGGUCUGUGUACUGUACCUACGUUUCUGUACUGUUUUCAAUCUUUCGAACAAGUAGAAAAUUGAUUUUUUUUUUAAUGUACCUGCAAGUUAAUGACUG